AGCCAGAAGUUUUGGCUCUAAUACAGGCAGUGAUGAAAAACAUAUGAGUGGUAACAAGUCGCCUUAAUAUCAUUCUUCAGUACUAAGAUGGGCUAAUCUGAAGCAGCACUUUACUCUGGUAUCACCCACUGUGCCAGAAGGAUCAAGAAGCUUGGAAGUGGACUUUUUCUUUAUAUAUACUUUUCAUUUCAGAGAACUCAUUCUAAUUUCCUUUUUCCCUAUUUUUUUUUGUAAUAUGAAAUAACUGGACAUAGGAACCUUAGGUGGAUUAUCCCAGUGCUUCCGGAAGAACUUCCAAACCUGCAAGAUUGGUUAUCCUGAUUAAGAAGAUAUGAAAGAAUACACACUCCUUCUCUUCCUGGCUUUGUGCUCUGCCAAAUCUCUCACUGGUCCCUCAUAUUUUACACUAAAGAAUAUGAUGCUCCAAGAUAUGGAAGAUGAUGACGAUGAUGACGAUGAUGACAAUUCUCUAUUUCCAACCACUGAACCCAUUCUACCACUAAUUCCUUUUGAUCUGUUCCCAACAUGCCCCUUUGGAUGCCAGUGCUAUGUGAGAGUUGUCCACUGCUCUGACCUAGGUUUGACAUCAAUUCCUCGCAACAUCCCACCAGAUACUCGUAUGAUUGACCUUCAAAACAACAAAAUCAAAGAGGUCAAGGAAAACGAUCUCCAAGGACUCACAUCACUUUAUGCACUGGCCUUGAACAACAAUAAAAUACACAAGAUCCAUCCCAAAGCCUUUCAACCAACAAAGAGGCUACGACGACUGUAUUUGUCCCAUAACCAACUGACAGAGAUUCCAACAAAUCUACCCAGAACUCUGGCAGAGCUCAGAAUUCAUGCUAAUAAGGUUAAGAAAAUCCCCAAGGAUGUAUUUAAAGGAAUGAAGUCUCUACAUGUUUUAGAAAUGAGUGCAAAUCCUCUUAACAAUGAUGGAAUAGAGCCAGGGGCUUUCGAAGGGGUAAAUAUCUACCACAUACGAAUUGCAGAGGCAAAAUUAACUUCAAUUCCUAAAGAUUUGCCCUCCAGUCUUCUGGAGCUUCACUUAGAUGACAAUAAGAUCACAGGAAUUGAACUUGAGGAUUUUAACCGUUAUAAAGACCUUCAAAGGCUAGGCCUCGGCAAUAAUAAAAUCAAAGAAGUGGAAAAUGGAAGUUUUGCCAACAUCCCAAGUAUACGUGAAAUCCACCUGGAAAAAAACAAGUUGAAGAAGGUUCCUCCUGGAUUACCUGAACUAAAAUAUCUGCAGGUUGUCUUCCUUCAUUCCAACCAUAUUGCCAAACUGGGAGUGAACGAUUUCUGUCCAACAGGACGAAGGAAGAAAAAAGCCCUGUACAGCGGCAUCAGCCUCUUCAACAACCCUGUCAAGUACUGGGAGGUUCAGCCUUCAACUUUCCGGUGCAUUUUAGCCAGGAACAGUGUUCAGCUUGGGAAUUUCCUCAAGAUCCCUCCUUAAUGGAAGUACCUUACAAUUGCCGAAAACAAGCAGCUGGAACUCACCUGCCCUGCCCUUCCUGUGCAGAGCAGCACACAGAACUCUCAAUGCUGACAGUACUGUAUAAAAUGGAUAUUUUAGAUAUCUAUUUAGUGUAUAUUUGCUAUUCGGAUUCAAAAUAAAUUAAAUAAACGUACAGAA